AUGACUUCCAAAACCGCAUUAAUGGCCCUGCGCUUCGGUGCCCGCACUGCGCAGCGAACAGCCGUACGCACUUUCGUACUACCCGCAAAAGAAGCAAACAUGGGUCUGCGUAACCUCACAACCACCCCCAGAAAUAUCGGUGGCUUCCAGAAGCAGUCAGCGAUCAACAUCGCCGGUCAGAUUUCGCAGAGAAGAUACAUCUCUGAGCGUCCAGAUGGCCGUGGCAGACUGUACGAAUUUGACGACAUCCUAUCCAUUCUCGAAAACCCCUCUGACUCCCGCCUCUUAAUCGACGUCCGCGAACCCCACGAGUUCGACGCCAAUACUAUCCCCACCGCCAUCAAUCUCCCCAUUACCUCCCACCCAGACGCACUUCUUCUCUCCGCCUCCGAAUUUCAAGACCAAUUUGGCUUUGCGAAGCCCCCAACUAACAAAGAAGUUGUCUUCUUCUGCAAAGCAGGCGUGAGGAGCAGAGCCGCGGCGGGUAUUGCGCGACAGGCCGGAUACACAAACGUCGGCGAGUAUAUGGGUAGCUGGAACGACUGGGAGAAGAGAGGCGGCCCGGGAACGAAGAGCCCACCAGAGGCUGGAGGUUUGGGGGAGAGGACAGGGCCAGUCACCGAAACGAAGAUUAGUGGCGGGAAGACGAGUGGCGAGGAGGAUAUUGGAGAGCAGGGCGUGCCACAACCACCCAAGGGAGGGCAGUUUGGCCGACAGUAA